AUGGCUAACAGAAAACGUCAGUUUGCCAGAAUUGAAAAUGAAAGUGAUGUUUCCAUGGAAUUUGAAGAAAAACGAAGAAAUGGUCCCGAACUUUUUGAUGGUCCUCGUAUUAUUAGAAUGAUUGUUCUACUGGGAAAUACAAAUACUACUAAUUUAGAAUCAAAUUUGGAAAAUUUGGCUUAUGUUUGUAUUAAUAACAUCGAAGAUUUUCGUUUCCAAAUAUUAGAUACAUUGGGUGAAUGUACCGUUUAUACUCCUUACAAGCAUAAUAUAUAUUCUCCUGUUAUUGGAUUGUUAAAUGUAAAAGUUAGUGAAGUUGUAAAAGAGUAUUUGGAUAACAUGAUUAAGGAUAUUAAUGGUUUUUUGUAUAAUGGACAUUUUCAAUAUGCUUUAAAUAUUCUUUUAAUGCUCGCUGAAUUAGUUAAUGUUCAUGUUAUUUCUCCUAAAAAUUUUUUGUCUACCUUACAAUUUUAUCUUCUCCAAGCUAAAGAUGUAGAAGAUAGAGAACGAUCUGACUAUUGUGUCUAUUCUGUGAUGAAUUGUCUUCCAAUAUGUGCUUUAGAACUUUCUGAUAAUGAACCUGCUAUGUUUAUGGACCUUAUAUCACGUAUUGAGGAUUAUAUGAGUAAUCGUGAUAUAUCUUUUACUGAUUGUCUCAAAGUCUGGGAAGCAAGUGAAGUUAUAAAUCAGAAAGAAAAGUUACAAUCAUUAUGGGAUCAAAUUAAGAAUUUAGAAAAUAGGCAUUGGCGUGAUGAAGGAUUUUUAAGACAAUAUUAUGCUAAUUUUAGAAAUGAUUUUGAAACAUCUCCACUUCAUGAGCUAAAUCCAAUUGUUAUUCCUCAAUCAUCAUCAACACUUAUUUACCCUAGACCUCAAAUGAUUUUUAGAUUAUUUGAACCAGCUCACAUAAGUUCUAAUGAUCCACCUCUACCAAAAGUGGAAACAAUUGAUAGAUUUUUGUUGGAAGAUGCACUUAUUGCAAUUCUCGAACAACAUGUUUAUGACAGAAAAGCCUGUGCUGAAUCAAUGCUUUCAUAUAUAAAAAAAGCAGAUUAUCCAGUAACAUAUGUCAUUGUAGAAAUCAUUUUUAGACUUUUACUUACAUUACCAGAAUCACCUCAAAUUCAUGUAUUUUAUGGAAGUCUUUUUAUAGAAUGUUGCAAACUUCAGCCUAAUAAAAUGCCACAGGUUCUUGCUCUUGCAGCUGAACUUAUUUUUAGAAAUAUGAAUGAAAUGCAGGUUGCAUGUGUUGAUAGGUUAAUUGACUGGUUUUCAUAUCAUUUAUCAAAUUUCCAAUACAGAUGGACAUGGGGUGAUUGGCUCGAACAAGUAAAUUAUGAAUCAAAUUCUAUAAAGAAAUAUUUUCUUACAGAAGUUAUAAUCAAAUGUGUUCAAUUUGGUUAUUACGCAAGAAUUGUUGAAGCUUUACCUGAAGGAUGUCAACUCAUGCCUCCUCCACCUGAAUUUAACAAUAUUUUGAAAGAUUGUGAUGAAGAUACAUAUAAAAUUUCUCAUGAUUUAGCGGAGUCACUUAGCAAACGAAUAACAAACGAUGAAAUAUUAAAAUAUUUAACAAAAUCUGAUGAUGAUGAAAAUAUGGAUGGGGGUCAAUUAAAUGUAGCAACUGUUUAUGAUAGUGAAAAAAUUAAAAUGUUAAUGGCUACUUUAUUAGAUCUAGCUCAAAAUGCUUAUACUCAUAGUGUAACAUUCUUCUUGCGUUAUAGACCAGCUUUCUUGGAACUUGUUAGACAUGAUGCAGGCAUUCGUAGAAUUAUUUUAGAAUCAAUAUUUACAGCAUGGAAAUUUAAUCCACAAUUGAUUGAACUUUUAACUGAUAAAUUAUUAAAGAUGCAAAUUCUUGAUACAUAUUCUAUUGUAAAAUAUAUUCUAGAGUCACAGGAUUUGGCUGAUUAUGUUAAUAAGAAAUAUUUCCACCAUGUUUUGUAUCAAUCUAUUCAUAGGCUUUCUACUCAUGUAAGAAAUUUGACUAAUGACUAUGAAAAACUUAAAUCACAAAUAAAUAGUGUUGAAAGAAAAUUGCUUAAAAAAGAAGAUUCUAAUAUGGAUGAUGAUGGUACAGUGGAGGUUUGUGAUGAAAUUGAUAUUGAUUCACUUGAAAAUCCAGAAGAAUGGAUUAAUAAUCAAAGAAAUGUUUUAGAAGAAAAAGAAAAGUGUUUGUCUGAAAAUUCAAAUGUUUUGAAGAAUAUAUUAGAAGAAAUUGUUACUUAUUAUUCAUCUAAUUUGACUUCUAUUAACAAAGAAAGUGAUGAAAUUUUUUAUAAUUUUGUUAGUGAUUCAUUUAAAGAUUAUAAUCUUAAAGGUGUUAACAGUAAAAGUUCUACACCUUUUAGUGGAGAAUCUUCAAUACCUAAUUUUUCAAAAACUAAUAAUGAUAUUAAAAAUUCUUAUCAUGAACAAGAUAUAAAUGCAUUAACAAAUUCACAAAUAAUAUUUUUAAAUACAGUUACAAAUGUUCAAACUCCUGGAAUUCAAGGAUCAAAGAAUAUGUAUAAUAUGCCAGGAAAUCAAACACCAAGAAUUACAGCUCAAAAUAUAAGAGAAAUUGAUUGGACACAGGUUGAUAGAAGAAGUGAAGAAGGUUGGUGGCAUUUAUAUCCAUUUGGAGAACGGUAUUUUGAUCGUGAAUUAACACAUAGACCAUGGAUGGAUAAACAAAUUGAUCUUGAUUUUUUCUUUCCAUAUUAUGGUUUUAGAUUUAAUUAUACAUUUAUUUUUCAUGAAGGAUUUAUUGCAUUUUCACAUCCAUGGUAUAUUCAACCACCAUAUACUUAUCCUACACCACAGUGGCCUAAAAAACCUGAUCCAACAUUAAUUGCAGCAUUUAUGGCUGAUCAACAGAUGCAACAUGUUGGUGAUACAAGAAUUUCAAAUGUUUGGUUUAGAAUAGUUGAAAGACCAUAUCAAUUGAUUGGAUAUAAUACAUUGGAAACAGAUUUUACAGAUGAUACAGUUAGAUUAAGAAAUAAUCCACAAGAAAGGCAACCAUUAGGAGUUUAUUCAUAUGAUGAUCCUCGUUUUUAUAGAACUUAUCGUGGUCGACAAUUAAAAACUGAAAUGGGUAGACUUGAAGAUCCUGAAUUUCUUGAUAAAAUAACAAAUGAUAUUCGUGAAGGAAUGGUUGGAGCAAGAGGUUGGAAAGCUGAUUAUGCAUUAAUAAUUACAUGGGAAAGAAUGUCAUAUGGUGGAGCACCAAAAAUAACAAAUCUUGAUGAUUAUGAAAGAGCAAAAAGAUGGCAAAAUACCUAUCAAAUGGUUAUUGCAACUGAUGAGAUUCGUUCUUAUGUUAUGAUGAAUUAUGCUCAUAUAAAUUGGACUUCAUCAGCACAGGCAGGUGCAUUAACUGGUGGAAGGGGUGGUAAACAAAGUGCACUUGUAGGAUUCAAUGGUGGUAAUGGAACAGGAUGGUAUGAAUUACCUUAUUCUGCUGAAGGAAACUCUUAUAAAUUAGUUCAAUAUGGUAGUACACAAAUUGCAGGUAGAUGGUUAGCAAGAGUUGAUGAACAAAUACAGUAUGGUGGAUGUAGUAAUGAUUCAAGAGGACCAUUAGAAUUAUCACAACAAUAUGGAAAUAUGCUUGGUGGUAUAUCAUUAAAUGUUAGUGGACCUUGUUAUCGUAAUUUUGAUAUUAUAAAAUUACAAUUUGAUGAAAUAACAUUAGAUUGUGAAAGAAUUGAUAUGGUAAUUGCUCGAUGUGUUAUACCUGUUAAUUCUGUAUUUAAAAUUGGAUUAAUUGAAGUUAAGUUAUCUGUUGAUGGUGGUAAAAAUUAUCCUUGGUGGACAAAAUUUUAUAUUUUACAACCAGGAUUAUCACGUCGAAGGGUAAAUCUUAUUAAUGAUCCAAGAGAUAUUAAUAAUAAUUGGAAUAAUUUCAAUGCUCAAAAUUUAUCAUUAUCUUGGGAAUGGCAAAAUAUAACCUCAAAUCCUAAUGCCAUUGUUGAUAUUUCAUUAUAUGGUUAUUGGGAGGAUGUGGAAGGUCAUUCAUUGAAAAAAAUUGGCCAUUUGGCUAGAAAUUAUCCUAAUUCAGGACAAUAUACAUUUAAUCCAAGGUCAUUAAUGUUUGAUGAUGAAGCUGAUCCCGAAGCAUGGAGAUGGUAUUUUGGUGGUGUUGUUCAAGUUUCAAUAUCUGAUCCAUGGUUAGAAGAUCGUGGAGAUGGAAUUUACUGGAGUUCUCCAGUUUCAUUUGGAUGGUUUUAUCAUCAAAAAUGGGAAUAUGAAAAAGGUAAACUUUGGGCAUUAGAAAUAUGUCAAGAAUGGUUUGAUUAUGAUGGGAGAAGGGAAAAUUUUGCAAUGGAACUAGAACCAAAAAUACCUUGUCCAUGUACUUUAAAUCAGGCACUUGUUGAUUUUGGAAGAUUUACAUCAUUACCAGAUUGUGAUAUGGAUGGUGAUCAUAGAUGUUAUUAUACUCAAGGUGCUCAACAUUGUGUCUUAAGUACAUUCUCAGUUUGGACAGGUGCUGGGCAAGUUUGUUGUUAUGAUUAUGAAGGUUGGCUUAUGUUUUCUGAUGACUUUGAAUACAAUGACCAAUAUUUAAGAUUUUAUUCUCCUGGAGUUCCAUAUAGAGCACAUCCUUGGGGUAGUUAUCCAUACAAAAGACCUCCAUACGUUCCAACAUUAUCUAAUUUUUAUAAUGAUCUUCUCCCUUAUGAUUUUUGCUGUAAAUGGGCAGGUCAUUGUGAAUUUUAUUUCUGGCGAAGGCAAACUUCUAGUUGUCAAAUGUAUGAAGGUCCAUCUAUUGGAUUUAUUUAUGGAGGAUCACAUAUUGUGACAUUUGAUGGUAGAAGAUAUUCAUUUCAUGGUAAAGGAUAUUAUGUAUUAGUAAUGCAUAAAUCUAAGAAUCAUGAUUUAAUGAUUCAAGGUAGAUUAGAGCAACCACCAAAAACAAUAUGGGAAGAUGAAGUACGAUCAACAGUUGUUACUGGAAUUGCUGCAAGAGAUAAUGGAAGUUCAGUUGUUGAAGUUUUUGCUAGAAAAGACUUUAGAAGAUGGAGAUACAAAACUGAUGUUUAUGUUGAUGGUGUAAGGAUUUAUUUUGAUAUGCCAUGGAAAAAAAUUCAAACAUUCCAAGGUGUAACAAUAAGAAAUCCUCCAAGAAAUAUGAAUCAAAGUGACAUUGAUAUAAUGUUUACAACUGGAAUUGGAAUAAGAAUUCAGGAAUCAAGAGGAUUAUUAAAUAUCAUAAUAACAUUACCUCCAAAUUACAAGGAACAAAGUGUAAAUGAUUUCUUUUUAUUUGAUGAAAACUUUUCAAAUAUACAAAAUUUUAAUCCAACAAAUUUAGGUAAUUUAUCAGAACAUGAUAGAUGUAUGACUACAUAUAGAACUCAAGGAUUACUUGGAACAUAUAAUGAUAGAAUUGAAGAUGAAUUUACAACACCUGAUUGUAAAAUAAUAAGAGUUCCUUAUCCUCAAUCUGAGAGUGAUUCAAGAAAUUUAUACUAUAAUUUUGGUGAAAAAUGGCGUUUAGAUAAAAAUUUAGAUCUUCCAAUGUUAUUUAAUCCAGAUCGUAAACCAAUAUAUGAUCCAUUAAGUUUUGCAAAUCCACAAUUUGAACCAAUUUUUAAUCCAUGGUUAUAUACAAAUUCAACAUUCUAUGAACAAUUUAUUUUUUCAAGAGAGGAAGUAAAAGUAAUGUGUCAGGGUGAUAUAUCCUGUGAAUAUGAUUAUAUAAUGACUGGUAGGCGAGAAGUUGGUUUGACAACAUUAGACUACCAGAAACAAUAUACUCAUUUUAAAAGAAAAGGAGAAGUUAAACACCAGUCAUGUGGACCAUUAAUGAAAAAUCCUGGAGUAAUAAAAUAUCCACCAGGAAAUAAUUAUUUAGAGGGAGUAACAGUAACUUUUACAUGUACACCAGAAUAUUUUUUACAUGGUGAUCAAAUAAGAGAAUGUAAAAAUGGUACAUGGAGUAAAGGAUGGUGGGCAUGGUGUAGACUUCGCUCUGAAGAGAUUGCCUUAAAAUGGAUGACAGGAAUUUUAAGUUCAGUGGCAAUUUUACUUGCAUUAAUGUUAAUCUUUUGUCUUUGCCAUAAAAUUGGUAGAGCUAGACAAAUUGCAUUGAUAGAAGCACACUAUGGGCAUAAAGAAGAUAGAGAGAAAAUUAUAAUCUCACCAAAAUCUUUUAUUUCUAAUAAAUUUGAUGGAAUUUUAUCACCUAAAAUUAUUGAAAAUAAAAAUGAAAUAUAUACUGAUAAUAAUAAUAAUAAUAAUAUAACUAUUGCUGGUUAUAAUACUUCUGUUUAA